AUGUUGGUGGCACUGCUGAUGGCCCUCAGCUGCCUGGGCCUCCACACCCUCUCGCAGGUCCAAGCUGUUCCCAUUCUGCCUCUGGGUCUGGCCCCAGACACCUUUGAUGAUGCCUAUAUGGGCUGCACAGAGGAAAUGGAGGAGAAGGCAGCAAGCCUGCUGAAGGAAGAAAAGGCCCGCCAUGCCCUGCUGCGGGAGUCCUGGGAAGCAGCCCAGGAGGCCUGGGAGCACAAGCGUCAAGGGAUCAUCUUGCCGCCUGGCUUCCAGGCCCAGCAUGCAGUGGCCAUCAUGGUCUAUACCAACUCAUCUAACACUUUGUACUCGGAGCUGAACCAGGCUGUGCGGAUGGGCGGUGGCUCCCGAGAACUCUAUAUGAAGCACUUCCCCUUCAAGGCCCUGCAUUUCUACCUGAUCCGGGCCCUGCAGCUGCUUCGAGGCAGUGGGGGCUGCAGCAGGGGACCUGGGGAGGUGGUGUUCCGAGGUGUGGGCAGCCUUCGUUUUGAACCCAAGAGGCUGGGGGACUCUGUCCGCUUGGGCCAAUUCGCCUCCAGUACCCUGGAUGAGGCAGUGGCCCGCAGAUUUGGUAAUGCCACCCUCUUCUCUCUAAGGACUUGCUUUGGGGCCCCUAUCCAGGCCUUGUCCGUCUUUCCUGAGGAGCGUGAGGUGCUGAUUCCUCCCCAUGAAGUCUUCUUGGUUACCAGGUUCUCCCAGGAUGGAGCCUGGAGUCUAGUGACUCUCCGGAGCUAUAAUCAGACCUGCAGCCACUUCAACUGCGCCUAUCUGGGUGGAGAGAAGAGACGGGACUGUGUGUCUGCACCUGCAGGGGGGCAGCCAGACUCACCCUUCAAGGAGGCCUUCUCUCUGCUCUCUCGGAAGUCCAUGCUUUUGUCAUCUGGUUUCCAGUUCUCAGGAGCUGGCUCGUGA